CUAAGCAAAGGGUGGUCGUCAGGUACGUGGGUGGCAAGGGCGGGGAGACGGCACCGGUUUUGAAGAUUGGCUAGAGACUACUGGGUCCCAGCCUGAAGCCGCGGCACCUACAGUCCUGGAGUUUCUGGGGCUUGCCUCCCCUCGUUCGCAGCCUACGGGCCAGCGGGACCCGCGUUCCCUGCGGCCUGUGGUCCAGGGUUAGCUGUGUGAGUGGCAUGAGCGCAUGGACUGUAAGUUAGAAGAAAGUGCUCAGGAAGCAGAGUCACCGGGGGUGCAGGGACCAGACGGUUCCCAAGAGGAUGGAGGUGAAGAUGGACUGUCUGAGAUCUUCCGACUGCUGCAGAUGGAUGUGGAACACAAGCACCGAGAGGAAGAGGCACGCCCUGCAAACAGCACAGCAUGGGGCUCGAAAAAUGUGCAGAGAAAACAGAGACACUGGGAAAGGAUAGUCUCCUCGAAGAAGAGCAAAAGGAAGCAGGAAAAAGAAAGAAGAAAAGUCAAGCGUGCAGAAGACCCAGGCACCUGCCCCCAGCACAGCAAACGUUUUUUGAAAGCGUUAACCAAAGAGAAACUUUUGGAAGCCAAACACUCAGGACCAAGACUGUGUGUUGACUUGAGCAUGACCCAGCACAUGUCAAAGAAGGAACUGAGCAGGUUGGCUGCACAGAUCCGAAGGUUGUAUGGUUCAAACAAAAAAGCCAGCAGGCCCUUUUGGAUCUGCCUCACUGGAUUCUCAACCGACAGUCCCCUCUAUGAAGAGUGUCUGAGGAUGAAUGAUGGAUUUUCUGCAUACUUGCUAGAUGUGACAGAAGAAGACUGCUUUAGUUUAUUUCCUCUGGAAAGCCUUGUGUACCUGACUCCCGACUCAGAACGGGCCCUUGAAGACGUUGAUCAGAACACGGUUUACGUCAUUGGUGGACUUGUAGAUGAAAGCAUUCAGAAGAAGGUGACAUUCCAAAAAGCUCGAGAACACUCUGUGAAGACAGCCCGCUUGCCAAUCCAGGAAUACAUGGUCAGGCGCCAGAAUGAGAAAAACUAUCAUUCAGAAAUACUGGCCAUCAAUCAAGUGUUUGAUAUCCUGUCCACUUACUUUGAGACUCACAGCUGGCCUGAAGCACUGAAGAAAGGAGUUUCUCCAGGCAAAGGCUACAUUCUUCGGAAUCCAGUGGAUGAUGGGCAGCGUAAGAUUCCAGAUGGAGUGGGUGAAGCACCAAAGGUGUCCUGACCAAAGGACAGGGUAAAGGGUGGCAGUGACACACACCUGCCUUUAUGUGUUGUCUCUGAAAGCCUUUGAUGGCAAGGACCACAUGUUUAUGCUUUGUGUCACCUACAGUGCCUGGAAAUUACAGUGCUCACUGGAAAUGUCCUGAUAAAACAUAAUAUUAUGGCUUUUAAAAAAAAAGUUUAUGAAGGAAUUGUCAAAAUACAUGGCAUUUUGGAUGUUAAUUCAUGUUUUGUACAUUGAGCUUUGUGAAAUGUCUACCUUUUAGAGAUGUUGUCAGGGCUUUUUACUGAACUUGGAUAAAAUUACUUUUCUCUCA